UGUUUUGUGCUGUGGUACACUUGACAAUUGAGUCGACCUUGGCUAUAGUGCCGGAAAGCAGCUAUGGCGUGGAAAUCAGUGGUGUCACGGGUAGUGGGAGCAUUAAAGACACAGACUCCACAACUCAAAGCAUUCACCCGUGGGAUCCAAACUGUUACUUUAAUCCCUGGUGAUGGAAUUGGCCCUGAGAUCUCCACUGCUGUAAUGAAGAUAUUUGAAGCCGCAAAAGCACCUAUUCAGUGGGAAGAGAGAAAUGUUACAGCUAUCCAGGGUCCCGGUGGCAAGUGGAUGAUUCCUCUUGAUGCAAAAGAAUCAAUGGACAGGAACAAAAUUGGCCUGAAAGGUAACUUCCUUCAUAUAGCUAUUUGUCGGACAGUUAGUAAUGAUAUUGAUAAUCAGACACCACGUUUUGCCAGAUUCCUUAACAAACCUCUCCCCCUUUUGCUUUGCUUUAUUCAAUCCCAAAGCGAAAAUUGGCAAUUGGACGCUUUAUCAGAAAUGUUAAUUAGCCCCACCACAAAGGGAGGAUAUAUAUAUAUAUAUAUAUCCCUAAUUUCAGUGAAGUUGGGACAUUGUGUAAAAUGUAAAUAAAAACAGAAUACAAUG